AUGUGUGAGGAAGUGAUUUUUGCAACUGCUAGGGGCACGUUGAGUGAUGGGACAGUGACGGGAAGAUGUUCCGAUAAUUCCGGAUCAGCAUCUGGAUCAGGCGGUAGCAACAGCUGCUGCAUUGUAUAUCCUCAUCAGGUUCGGCGUAAGAGCAAAGGAAAACCAGAAAAUGUCUGCCAGCUGAUGGCAAUGAUACAGCAGAAAACAACGCUUGGAUCCACGACCUUAUCCGCCAUACAGCCUCCUCAGAAGACAAAAACGGAAUCGACAUUGCUAAAGGGUCGUUCGAUUAGUGUAGCAACAGUAAAUGAUUUUCGUAAUCCGAAGAGUAGCGGUUCAAGUAAUGCCACAGCAGCAACUACAGUAUCAUCCUUAGCACUGAAGAAGUUCUCGUCGCAGUUACGAUCACCGCGAUAUUUUGAAAUGAUGCCAAAUUUGAAACAGUUUGCACCGUACACGCCGCCACCGAUGCUCAGCCCCAUGCGCCGUGGCUCCGGCCUCUUUUGGAAUAUUUCUCAGUCCGCUCUCCCAGAGAGUAACAGGCCGAAUUCAUCUCAAGAAAGUAUUGGUAUCGAAGGUGUGGCAGGCAAACGGUAUCCGGAUUAUGAGGGGAGUAGCUAUUCCAAUCGACGAGCAAAUGGAACAGAUGAGGAGCCGCCCGAAAAACGCUCACGACGGAGCAUGGUAGCGGCGACACUGCAGUCAGGUAACAAAAGUGCGACGGAUGAAGAUGACCAGCGGCGACAACUUGGUGCCACACCAGUGCGCAAGAAUGGGCUGUGCUAUCCGUCGCAACUCUUUGACGCCAAAUUAUUAUGCUUAGAAGCUUUAAGAAAAGAAUCGGACGCGUCGUGGAAUGGCUCCCAUUCUCCAAGCAUCCCUUCAAAUGCAGCAGCCACUCCGAGGUGCGUUAUUGAGUUUCUUCUUUAG